GUUCACCCUCCAUUGCUUUGCUUGAUUCCAAAUCCAGGCUGUCCCAAUAAUCUCUACCGUCCAUUCACACAUCACAAACAAUCUCCACCGUAAGCUCAUAUUUAUUGAAAAAGAUACUCCAUCUAACUCUUGCUUCUUUUGUACCAAAGAAAAUUCAUUCUCUCUUCUAUUCUAUUCACUUUCUACUAAGAAAAUGAAGAUGAGGAUGAUUAUGAUUUUGUUUCUGUUGGUAAUCAUUGGGGGUUUUGUUCAUGGAGAUGAGAAUGAGUCAUUCAGGAAGCAACCCACACUAGUGAAGACGGUGAAGGGUACCAAGAUGUGUGUGAAGGAUUGGGAGUGCAACAAAUUGUCUAAAUUUUGUUGUAAUUUGACAAUUACUGAUUAUCUGGAUGUUGACCAAUUUGAGCUCCUUUUCACUAAGAGGAACUCACCCGUAGCUCAUGCUGUUGGAUUCUGGGAUUAUGGAUCUUUCAUUAGGGCUGCAGCACUUUACCAGCCUCUUGGAUUUGGUACCACCGGUGGUAAGAAAAUGCAGAUGAAGGAGAUUGCUGCUUUUUUUGGACAUGUCGGUAGCAAAACUUCUUGUGGUUAUGGUGUCGCCACUGGCGGACCACUCGCUUAUGGUCUAUGCUAUAACAAAGAAAUGAGUCCCAGCCAAGAUUACUGUGAUGAAUACUUCAAAUUAACCUACCCAUGCACUCCUGGAGCCAGAUAUUACGGUCGUGGUGCCUUGCCUAUCUACUGGAACUACAAUUAUGGAGCUAUUGGUGAAGCCCUCAAGCUUAAUCUCUUGGAUCAUCCUGAAUACAUUGAACAAAAUGCUACCAUGGCUUUCCAGGCUGCCAUUUGGAGGUGGAUGAACCCAAUGAAGAAGGGUCAGCCUUCAGCUCAUGAUGCCUUUGUGGGCAACUGGAAGCCCACAAAGAAUGAUACUUUGUCUAAACGAGUUCCUGGUUUCGGUACCACCAUGAAUAUUCUCUAUGGUGAUGGUGUUUGUGGCCAAGGUGAUGUUGACGCAAUGAACAACAUCGUCUCCCAUUACCUCUACUACCUUGACUUGAUGGGGGUUGGUCGCGAGGAAGCAGGACCUCACGAAGUACUCAACUGCGCCGAACAAAAACCUUUUAACCCAACCGCUGUUGCUGCUUCUUGAGAUCAUCCUACUUUAGCCCCGCCCAUACAAUAAACGUUGGGAAUCAUAAUUGCCAUUCUAGUUGUUCUAUCAUGUAAUAUUUUUGGACUUGCAUUUUUUUUUUUAUGUUCAUGGUUUGAUUUAUAAAUAUAUAUAUAUAUGUAAUGUGAAGCUUCUAUGUUGUAAUUUGUAAAACUGCAAUUCUACUGU